AUGAUCUCGCUACAAGACACUUUGAAGCUGAACAAUCAAGCAGUGGAGCUAUACCACUCUGAUGAUUUCGCUCAAGCCGCCAAGGCCUACUAUAAAUCGCUCUGCUCGAUGAAUAAAAUUCUAAAGGGGUGUUAUGAUCAUGCCGAUGUCAUGGUUCUUGCCGCCAACAGCACCAGUGCGCCGCAACAGGAAUGCUUGCAUUGCACUUCGUUUAACACCACCACCACACACCAUCAUCAUCAUCAACAUCAGGAGGAGCCAUUUCUAUACCAGCGCCCAAUAGUAUUGCAAGAAUCAGCAGGAGCCUCGGAGUCGUUGUGCACUAUGCAGGCUAUGACGAUCUAUUGUUCAGGAGUACUACUCAACACCGCCAUUUUACAUCACCAAGAAGCUAUCCUGACUGGAAGCUCCGCAUCGGUCGAUCGAGCAGCAAAGCUAUACGAAGCAAGUCUUCAUCUCGUCGGGAAGUUUCAUGUGUAUUCAGGUUCCAACAAGACCGUCUCGCUGAUCGUAAUGGCCGCCAGCAAUAACUUGGCUCAAAUUGAGUUACAAAAAGGAAUUUUGGAUCAGGCAUGUAAAAGACUGCAAGUUCUAAAGUCUCUGAUUCGAUCCCUACAAAACGUCAUACCACAUAUUUUCACAAGGGAAGAGUUUGGAGGUAUGUUGUCCAACAGUUUGUCGGCAGAAAGCGUAAUUGCUUCACCAGCUGCCUAA